AUGUCUUGUCCUCAGAAAUUUUGGUGUCAUGUCGGUGGUACACAGGAUUCAUUUUAUUGUUGUCCAAAAAGUCGUAAAGUUAAAGAACUUUGUCACUUGGCACCUGCAAAUGGUUUCGGGUAUGCAAAUAUUGCAAGAUUUUGGUACGAUUGGAGAAGUUCCUCUUGUAAGCAGUUGACUUAUGCAGGAUUUGGCGGGAAUGAGAAUAACUUUUUGACAAAAUUAGAAUGUGAAAAACAAUGCUUUGGUAAUGUUUCUUUUAUUCACAAUUUAUUAUUCUCUCAAUAUAUUAAAAUCAAAUUUAAUCCAAUUUCUCCAACUAAUCGUUCAGGUGGAAAUGCAAAUAAUUUUGAAAGUGAUCGCUUAUGUUUAGAUGCUUGUGGGAUAGGUAACAGCAAAGAUAGUAAUAUUUGUUCGUUAAUUGUUGCGCAUGGCUCUGGUCCAUAUAAAAUCCCUCGAUUUUAUUACGAUGCGCAAAACAAUGCUUGUAAACAAUUUGUUUACAGUGGCAUUGCUGGAAAUGACAAUCCAAUGCUCAGAAACAUGCAUAAAUUACGUUCAAAGGUUUUGUCCGAUAAAUUAAAAGUAGAUUUAUCGAAGGAUGGAGUAAUCAUUAGAAACAGUACUGAGACUGUUCUCGAUCCAUGUCUUCAAGUACUACCAAAUGAUUUUCACAUUCAGUACUGUUCUCCAAGUGAUUCACUUCUCUGCCCACGUGGUACAUUCUGUCAGAUUGGUGCAGGAAUUCAGAACACCUUCUGCUGUCCCAUUAUUAAUGAAAAUCCGUGUUUACAACCUGUAAAGCCUGGUAUUGGUAAUGUUAGACUAAGCCGAUGGUAUUAUGACGCUUACGAUAAUCACUGCACAACGUUUUUUUUCAAUGGUUUUAAGGGAAACCAAAACAACUUUCUCACCUUUCGAGCGUGCCAACAAAGUUGCGGUGCAAUAAAUCCAUGCAAGAACGGUGAACCGCAAAUACCUACUGAUGCACAAACUCAGUGUUCACCCGACAACAUUCAGUCUUGUCCAUUAGGCACUUACUGUCAGAUUUUGGAAGAUGUGACAAAAUCUAUUUGCUGUCCAGGAUCAGAUCAGACAAUACCCAAUACUAGCGUUUCACCAGUUAGUUUGGUAGAAUUUGGAAAUUCUGGUUUUGGUAAUACGUAUGGCAUGAAUAUUGCUGGUAAUAAUGGUAGCAUUCAAAAUCAAAUUUUUGGUGCAAAUAAUGCUAACGUUGCGAUCAAUAAUAAUAUUAAGUCUCUUGGAUAUCCUGAAAGUGUAGCUAUUCCCAAUGGACAAGUUAGUUCAAGAGCUAUGAGUCGGUAUAAUGGUAACAAUUUACGAACACGUAUUUAUACUGGCCAGAUUGGUUCACAAGCAAAUUCCGCACUUGCUUUUCCUAAUUUAAAUGGUAUGAACAAUUUUGCUAAUUCUUUCUCACGACUCCCUAGUGGUACUGUAUUAUCCAAUACAGCAAUCAGUCCUACUUUCUUGCUUAACGUCACUGAAAAUCCGAUUGCAAUGAUAAUCUCAACUGAUUCUUCUACACCAAAAAAUCGUUGUUUGCUACCUCUUGCAACAGGUACUGGGAGUUUCGCUUUGCCACGGUAUUACUUCGAUACUGAAGCAUCACUCUGUCGGUCAUUUACUUUUGCCGGUUUUAAUGGUAACGAUAAUAACUUUGAAACUAUUCAAGAAUGUCGUACCACUUGUCCAGAAUAUGAUAAUCCUUGCUUAUUUGGGAUUCCAUAUAUCAACGAAAAUGAUGGAAGCGUUGCAUUUUGUACUGCCAGUUAUCCAUUAUGUCCUACAAAUUAUUGGUGCCACGUAGGUGAUCGACGCCAAACGUCAUCUGUUAUUAUAGCUAAUUAUUGUUCGAAAAAUAUCCUGUUAAUUACAGAAAAUUUCAAUGCAGCAUCAUCGUCAUUUGCAUUUCUAACAAAACCAAUGGCAAAUUUUCAACGUAUAAAUAUGAUGCAAAAAUUUGAUGCACCCGCUCAAGAUGCAAAUAUUGAUCAUGAUAACGAAUACAAUGAUGCCUUAUCAAGUACUUCAGUGAAAUGCUUCCAGCCACUUUUACAGGGCAGAGGUCAGGCAAAAUUAUUACGAUACUAUUUCAAUGGUAGAACAAGAACUUGUGAUCAAUUUAUUUAUUCUGGAAAAGGCGGAAAUCAGAAUAAUUUCUUGUCAAAAUCAGACUGUGAAGAAGCAUGCCCAAUCAUAGAAAAUCCGUGUGAAAAUGGAUUUCCUGCCAUUGGUCCAGAAGGUAUUGCCUUACAAUGUGGAGAUAAGACAGCUACAAUUUGUGGCGCUGGUUAUUACUGUCAUAUUGGUGCAACAUCUUCAACAACAGUUUGUUGUCCAACAAUUGGUGAUCCAUGCCGUAUGCCUUUAUCUGCUGGAAGCGGGAAUAUGGUUUUAAAUCGGUGGUACUUCAAUAUGCAAUCACAAAUUUGUGUUACUUUUGUUUAUACUGGCCGAGGUGGUAAUGCAAACAAUUUUCAAACACACAAAGAAUGCUCACAAGCAUGUCCAGAAUUUAGAAAUCCUUGUUCUACUGGACAACCACACAUUGGUUUAAAUGGACAAAUUACACAUUGUGGUGCUACAGGACCAUCCAUAUGUCCUACAACUUAUUGGUGCCAUAUUGGGGCAACAUUAGAAAAUUCGGUUUGCUGUCCUGGCAGUGGAAUACCAUGUGAAAAAGAACUUGAAAUAGGCGAUGGUUAUUCAACUUUGGUAAGAUUUUAUUAUGAUUCAGAAACACGUACGUGUCAACAGUUUCAAUAUUCUGGCUUUGGAGGAAAUGAGAAUAACUUUUUAACAUUACGAGAUUGUGAAGCACGUUGUCCAGUCUUGCCUAAUCCAUGUGGACUUGGACAGCCUCAAUUAGAUGAACAACAAAAUCCCGUUGGAUGCAGUGCGGCUGCUACUAAUGUAUGUGACGCGGAUUACUUCUGUCAUAUUGGGGACACAGAGCAGACAACAGUUUGUUGUCCAGGAAAAUCAAAAAAUGUUUGUAAUGAGCCAAGAGUACCUGGUACUGGUAGGGCGCACUUGAGUCGUUAUGCAUUUGCGCCCUUAACUAGACAAUGCUUACCUUUCAUUUAUACUGGAUUAGGUGGAAAUGAAAAUAAUUUCUUAUCGAGAGCAAGUUGUGAAGCUGCUUGUUCUGUAGUUUCCAACCCAUGUGCAAUGGGUGAACCAGCAGCAGGAAAUGAUGGUCAGUAUUUGAUUUGUUCAGCGAGUGGACCUAACAUUUGCCCUAUUGGAUAUUGGUGUCAUGUUGGAGCUGAUAUUGCUGCCUCUCUUUGCUGUCCAGGAGCUCAAAAUCCGUGUACUUUAUCACUUAUGGAAGGCUCUGGUAGCUUAGCAAUUCCACGCUGGUAUUAUGAUCGACGUUUACGUCAGUGUGUUACAUUCACCUAUACUGGUUAUGGUGGAAACCAAAACAAUUUCCAAACUAUACAAGAGUGCCAGGAAAAAUGCCCUGAACAAGAAAAUCCGUGUUCAACAGGUGAUCCAGCUGAAUCUUCAGAUGGAAACAUUUUGCAAUGCUCUGAAUUACAUUCUGUUUGUCCACAGUCUUAUUUUUGCAAUAUUGGAGCUACACCGGAAACUUCAGUUUGUUGUCCAAGUUUUGGUGAGCCUUGUUUGGCACCACUGUGCCAUCAAUUUCUUUAUACUGGCCUUGGUGGUAAUGAGAAUAACUUUUUGACCAUCGAAGCAUGCGAACGAAAAUGUCCAAUUCUUCGAAAUCCAUGUCCUCUAAAUGAUAUUGGUGUUGUAACAAGUAGUUUUGUUACUUUAAUAAAGUGUAAUGCUCGGAAUGCUUAUUCAUGUCCACUAAAUUUCUGGUGUCAUAUUGGUGGUGAUUCUGAAACGACAGUUUGCUGUCCAGGAGCUUCUAAUCCUUGUCAAUUACCAUUAUCACAAGGAAUUAUUACUGAAAAUGGACCAUAUACUCGGUGGUUUUAUGACAAAAUUUCUGGUUCCUGUAAGCCUUUUCAAUAUGCUGGCAUUGGUGGUAAUCAAAAUAACUUUUUAACACGUAGUCAAUGCACAAAGCAAUGUCCAGAAAGCCCUCCGACCGCAGUACGAGCUUCAGUAUCUCACCAAAAUAUUUGUCCUAUAGGAUUACCCAUACAGUCUCAAGAUGGUACCAAUCUAAUAUGCUCAUUAACAAAUCCUUGUCCUUCCAAUUAUUUUUGUCAUUUUGGUGCAGACUUGUCGACAACUGUUUGCUGCCAAAUUACAACACUGAUGUCUCCAUGCAGUCUUCCAGUUCAAAUUGGGCAUGGAUUUGAACAUAUUAGAAGAGUAUAUUACAAUGCAGCCUUGCAACAGUGUGUACCUUUUAUCUAUUCUGGUCUGGGAGGAAACGAAAACAGUUUCUUGACCUUUGAAGAAUGUGCAGCUAAAUGUUUGGGUCAAGAAAAGUUACGAUCUCGAUUAGAAAUACAACGCGAAUGAUU